AUGAAAGGAGUUUCAGCAGAAUGGUGUUAUGAUAGUAUGGGAUAUUAUUAUUGUUCUUCUGGCCAGACAUGUGGCUCAUACUAUGGUGAUUGCCGUGGUUUACCAACCUAUGCAAUUGUUGCAAUUAUUUCUUCAGGUGUCCUUGUACUAUCCAUUUGUAUUCGAUGCUGUGUGCAAUUAAAUUCAAAUAAUACGCAACGCACAGUAACAACGGUAACACAAAAUCCAGGACAUAUACGAGUUCAAGUAUAUGCAACGGGAAAUAAUGCGCCAUCACACUCACGAAACAUUGCCUCUGUUCAUAAUAUCAGAGAAGACGCUCCUCCAUCUUAUGAUGCAGCCUUGUCUUCCAAUACAGAACCUCCUAAAUAUUAA